GGAAGUCGACGUGACGACAGAAAGGGGCGGGGCCGAAACGGCCCAGGGGGCGGGCGUUUGAAAUCAGUGCUUUAGGGUAGACCCUAAACAUCAUUUUAUACCUUCGAGAACCAAUUACUUAAUGUCUCUUCCGUCUUUCCCUUCCCCGACCCCCUCCCAGACUCCUUCAUUCCGGUGCUGCGUGGACGGAAAGCCCCGGGUAGCCGACACCACGUCCCCGGCUAGCGAGAGAGAGCGUAGAGAAGGAUUACACCAAACUGUUUAAAUCCAACGGCUCCAGCUUCCUCUCUCCUGAGCUAGACCCAACAAGCCUAGAGAGUUGGGCUACGGAAAAACUAGUGUUUUCAUUUAAUUGGAUAUGAAGAAAGAACAAAUAUGUACGGGGGCAACCACGAUCUUUAUAAAGGUACCAUUCCUGCAAAAAUAUUAGUCUUCAAAAGCAAAGAACAUAAGUUCCAGGAAAGCAGGAACCUUGUCUCUCUUGUUCACUGGUGUAUCCUCUGCAUGUAGAACAGUGCCUGGCACAUAAUAGGUGCUGAGCUUUGUCUAAACACUGCCCUGAAGACACUACCUUUAGGAUACCCACCCAAGACUGAGUGAUUCAACAAACCUCAAGAGGACAGAACCAGGUGCCAACAGAGGAGCAUCACAGAAUUGCAGGCACAGCCACCCUCAUUGCUGGGCGAAUAUUCUACCACGAGUGCUGUUCCCUGAUGAAUCAGCAAGCCUAACAAACAUUAUCCUUUAAUUUGCAUAGUGAUAGUAGUCCACCAGUGUUUCCAGCUGACACAGACACUCAUUCAUUUUUGAAAAAGUAGCAUUUUCCAGCAUCCUCGAAUAUCCAGAAGAUAUCUAAAACGUUUGGGCUUUGGUGCUUAUUAAUGAAAACCAUGAAGUCUAAGGCCACUUUUGCUCAGAACCCAAAUUGUACCAUAAUGAUAUUUCAUCCAACCAAAGAAGAAUUUAAUGACUUUGAUAAAUACAUUGCAUACAUGGAAUCCGAAGGCGCACACCGUGCAGGCCUGGCCAAGGUGAUUCCCCCCAAGGAAUGGAAAGCCAGGCAGACCUAUGAUGAUAUCAGUGACAUCUUAAUAGCAACUCCCCUCCAGCAGGUGGUCUCCGGGCGGGCAGGUGUGUUUACUCAAUACCAUAAAAAGAAGAAAGCCAUGACAGUGGCGGAGUAUCGCCAACUGGCAAACAGCGGAAAGUAUCGGACUCCGCCACACUCGGAUUUUGAGGAUUUGGAGCGAAAGUAUUGGAAAACCCGCCUGUACGAUUCUCCGAUUUAUGGCGCUGACAUCAGCGGCUCCUUGUUUGCGGAAAACACUCAACAGUGGAACCUUGGCCACCUGGGGACCAUCCAGGACCUGCUGGAGCAGGAGUGCGGCGUGGUCAUCGAGGGCGUCAACACGCCCUACCUGUACUUUGGCAUGUGGAAGACCACCUUCGCCUGGCACACGGAGGACAUGGACCUUUACAGCAUCAACUACCUGCACUUCGGGCAGCCCAAAACCUGGUACGCGGUGCCCCCGGAGCACGGCCGGCGCCUGGAGCGCCUGGCCACCGAGCUGUUCCCGGGCAGUGCCCGCGCCUGUGACGCCUUCCUGCGGCACAAGGUGGCUCUCAUCUCGCCCACGGUCCUCAAGGACAACGGGAUCCCCUUCAAUCGGAUCACUCAGGAGGCUGGCGAGUUCAUGGUGACGUUUCCCUAUGGCUACCACUCUGGCUUCAACCACGGCUUCAACUGCGCAGAAGCCAUCAACUUCGCCACCCCGCGAUGGAUCGAUUAUGGCAAAGUGGCGUCUCAGUGCAGCUGCGGGGAGGCCAGGGUCACCUUCUCCAUGGACGCCUUCGUGCGCAUCCUGCAGCCUGAGCGCUAUGAGCUGUGGAAGCGCGGGCAGGACCGGGCUGUUGUGGACCACACGGAGCCCACCUCGCCAGACAAGGGGGAGCUCAGCGCCUGGAGGGAGGCCCAAGCUCCCCGGAGAGCCCUGCUGGGCCUGAGGCACCUCCCACCCCGCCGGGCCACGCGCACCCCUCGGCCUGUGGCCGCUAGUGGUGGGACUGGCCGUCGCACCCCAAUGUGCCUGGCCUCCCCACGCUCCUUGCCGGCCCAGAGUUCUUCCUCUGAUGCCCAGUCUGGGCUUGUCCCCGCCUGCACUUCCCAGGAGGCUGGCCCCACCCGACCACCGACCCCGAUUCCCUCUGCCCGAGAUGUUCAUCCCUCAAUGGGCAGAUGUGGUCCUGGUCGUCGUCCUCGGGAACAAGGGGCCCGGGGACCCAGCAUCCAGGCCCGGGCCAAGAGGCGUCUCUCGGUGGGAACAACACACACAGCCCAGUACCCUGAGGCUCUGCCCGGUCCUGUGGAUGAACCCUCAGUGGACAACCCUGUACCACUGAGCCCUGGGCUCCAGCAACCUGCGGAGGCUUCUGGGUACAGUUGUGCCCUUUUCCCCUAAGCCCAGGGGAUAAUGUUGUAACCUACUGCUCUUGUGUGUGGAGGCUCCUUGAGACCCACCACAUUUACAUCAGAGCUUUGGGCCAGCCUGCAGGUUACUGGUCUUCAGAGGCCAGUGAUGUUGCCACUGAUGCGUUGAGUCCAUGUUCUUUAUCAUGUUCGCCAUAGUUUGUUCUUCCUGCCAGACUCUGGAGUGUCUUUGGACACUGCUAAUUCCUGUGUUGCCAACUGAGGUUUCAUCCACUAGACACUCUUGUGUCUCUGUAAGCUAGGUCCUGCUGAGGUCAUGAGAGCAUAAUCUUCCCCAGACUCCUCUGGGCCAAUGCUUCUGGGUUUUGAUUCUCCUCCAAUCUCCCUGCCUUUUCUCCAACCCUACCCCUUCCCCCCUUUCUUGCAAAACAAGGCCGUUUUGAUCAAAUGGGUCAGUAGAGACUCAGAACAUAAUUUAUGAUCUUUCUGAGUCUUGGAUGUAUUCAAAAUGUGUUAUGGCCAGUAUUUGUUCACAAAUGUAUUAAAGGUAACCACAAUGUUAAAAUCUAAAAUUUGUUUCUAAUAAAUAUUGUGCAUUCAAAUAA